AUGAGUUAAGUGUCUCAAAGAUAAAGAAGUCCUUCUCCUUAAUCCCCAGAAAAGGUUGCUUAAAGAGAGAAAGCAGCUUAAGCAAUGAAAAGACGUAAUUAAACAUAGCCAAGCUUUUUUGAAAAAUAUGCUUACCAUUUGGUUAUAGGAGCAUUUGGAUUUGUAUGUGUUUAUGCUUUGUUUUCCAUAUUGACAAGAUCAAGCAAGAAAUUAACAACAGCUCCUGUAAUAGAUGAAGAGGAAAUAGCUGCUCAUAAUUCUUUAGGAUCAUAUUAAUAGGGACCAAAUGAUUUCUUUAAAGAUUGGAAAUUUAGUGAUGCUAAAUUUAUUUUUAAUAAUCAUUUGACAUUCAAAGGAAAAAUAUAAUAAUGCCCUGAAAGUAGUGUUAUUAUUCCAGAAAGUUAUAACUUCAGAGAAGCUUAACCAGAAUGUGCAUAACCAAUCUAUUUUUAAGGUAUUAAUAUUAUAUUAAAUAAAAAAUAGGAAAUUGUUCAUCAAGUUAUUCAAUAGCAGCUGUUUCAUCUACAAGUGAUAGAUUAUGUAAAUCUAGAAAUGGAGAAUUUUAAGAACAAUUAUCACCUUAAUCUCCAAUAUCAUGUGAUGAUAAAAAUUAUAAAUGUGGAGGUGGUAGUGUAACAAGAGUUUUAGAAGUUGGUAAAAAAUAAGGAUUUGUAUCAACUUCAUGUUUACCAUAUACUGGAACUGAAGAUGCUUAAAAUGAUUGUGAUGCUUUAUUUUCUAAUUGUGAAAAAUACAAGAUUUAAGAUUAUUGUGUAGUUUCAAGCGAAGAAAAUAUUAAAAGAGAAAUCUUGAAUAAUGGUCCAGUUGUUGCUGUGAUUUAAGUCUUUAAAGAUUUCCUUGUUUAUAAAGGAGGAAUUUAUGAAAUAGUAGAAGGAAGUUCAAAGUAUUCUAUAUUUUAAAUUAAUUAGAUUCUAAUUUGGUCAUGCAGUUAAAGUUAUUGGUUGGGGUAAAUAAGAUGGAGUUAAUUAUUGGAUUAUUGAAAAUUCAUGGGGAGACACUUGGGGUAUGAAAGGAUUAGCUUAUGUUGCUGUCGGUAUUUUUAAUUUCUUAUUUCUUUAGGUCAAAACUAAUUACAAUUAGAAGCUUAUUCUGUUGCUCCAAUUAUUGCUGUAUCUACAGAAAAAAGUGCAGAAUGAGUUUUAACAUAUUGUCUAC